CUUUUUACGCGCUUAAAAUCGCGCGUAAACAAUCACGGUCACGAUUUUUGUUCUGUCAGGCAAAGAACUGAUGUACCGUUACGUUACUGCAAUUAUCUUUUAUAUGUUUUAGCAUGUGGUGAUUCACAGCAGGAAUAUAUUAAGCCCUCAACUGCGAAGUUAUCCUGUUUUGCUGCUAGUAUCGCUGAGCCUAAAAGUAAAGGGGUCGUUCACUCGUUGUCGUAUCACUAUCAGGUUGAAGGCCUGUCAUAUUAAUAUACGGCCUAUUCUGAGGUUGGCUUGACAAUGCCAAAGAGGAAGGCUAAUUCCGUCACUGAGCACCCAGCUCCCAAGCAGUCUUGUCGUCCUGAUCCUGAUAAUGAACAUGAUCAGUCGGAUAGACGUCCAGGUUUUACCUUGGUUACAACGAAAACUGCUGAAUCUGGCAUAAUCGAGGGAGUGUCACUGAAAAAUUUUAUGUGCCACAACGACCUAAGUUUCAACUUUGGCCCAAAUGUGAACUUUGUCAUAGGCCGUAAUGGAAGUGGAAAGAGUGCGGUCCUAACUGCUGUUGUUAUCGGACUAGGAGGAAAGGCAAACGUAACAAAUCGAGGAACAUCUGUUAAAAGUUUUAUCAAAACUGGAAAAGGGUAUGGGGAGGUGACGGUUAAACUCAGUAACAAAGGACCCGAUGCAUUCAAACCAAACCUAUAUGGUGACUCGGUCACUGUGGAACGAAGACUGACUCAAGAUGGUAGCAGCUCAUAUAAACUAAGAGGAAAGUCAGGCGACCUGAUAAGUACAAAGCGAGAUGAGUUGACUCACCUCAUGGAGCAGUUCAACAUUCAGGUGGACAAUCCGAUCAGCGUUCUCAACCAGGAGACGAGCCGCAACUUUCUCAACUCUAAGAAUGCCUCCGAUAAGUACAAAUUCUUUCUGAAAGCCACGCAGCUGGAGCAGAUGAAGCGUGCAUAUAACGAGGCAGACGAACGAUGCAGAGAGGCGACUGGUUUGCUGGCAACGAAACGAGAGACAAUGGCAAAGAUGGAGAAGGAGGUGGCUGAGUGGGAUAGGCGAUUCAGAGCUGUGAAGUCUCUGGAUAAUCUACGUGAAAAAAUCGAGAAGCUGAAGAAUGAGAGUGCAUGGGCGCAGGUUGCUGAGGUUGAGCAGGAAGUUAAUCCAUUGCAAAAAGGUCUAGAAACGGAAGAUGGAAGGACAGUAAAGUUCACAGGAAAGGUGGAAGAAACCAUUGCAAAAAUUCAGAAGGAACAGUUGCGCAUACAAGAGUUGAGGGAUGAGUUAAAACAGAUUAGUGACCAGGCGAGGGGAAUGGAUCCUGAUAUCCGUACAGCAAAAGAUCACCUUGACGUAGCCAAAAAAGAUAUACGCACACACCAGAUGAAAAUAAAGGAGAUUGAACGACAGCUGAGGCAACUAAAGAAUGAUCGCCAGGAGAUAUCAACACGAAUAGAAGAGUUAAAAACCAAUGUGCAAGAAAAUAGAGAUGCAGAAAGGAGAGAACGGGAGCAGAAGAUUGCACAACUCGAGGAGGAACUGAAGGCACUUUCUGCUCAGAUGAACACCAAAAAGCAUGAUCUUGACCAGUUCCAGGGGGCAGUGAACAAGGCAAAGGAAGACCAGCUGAGGAUGAGGCGUGAAGAACAGGGUCUUAGGGAACUGGUGGAUCGCACGAAAAGAGACUUGCGAGACUUGGAGGAGAGCAAGACUGAUCGAUUCCGCAUCUAUGGGCAGUGGGUGCCACAACUGAUACGAGAGGUUGAAAAUGCACACAAGCAGGGAAAGUUCCACCAGAAGCCCCGAGGACCAAUAGGUGCAUAUAUGGAGCUGACAGACCAGCGAUGGGCCCUAGCAGUUGAGCAGUGUCUGGGCGGCCUCAUGUUUGCGUGGUGCGUGAAUGACCACCACGAUGCUGGAGUGCUGGAGCGCAUCAUGGUGUCGGUGCUUCCGCGCAACAACAAGAAGCCGCAGAUGCUCAUCAGUCGCUUCAAGGAGCGCGUGUACGACGUGUCGGCGUUUGAGGCGAAGACGCGUGCGUACGCGACGGUACUUCACACGCUCACGACCCGCGACCCCAUCGUCACAAACUUCCUCAUCGACUUGCGCGGCGUCGAGUCGGUUGUCCUGAUCAAGGACAACACGGAGGCACGACGUGUCAUGCAGUACUCGCUGCCGGCCAACUGUCACGAGGCCUUCACGCUUAGCGGUGACCAGGUCCUCGGCGGCAAGACCUUUCGCUACUACUCCUGCCCGAGCUACGCACAAGCCAAGUUUCUGAAGAAAAACAUCGAAGAGGACAUCAACGCCCUGAAGGAAAAGUCGACGAAUCUCAACGUUCAGUUGCGCCAGCUGCAGUGUGAGAGCCGCACCGCCGACGCCACCUGCAGGGAGAACUUGCAGCAGAAGAACAAGACGGACACGCACAUCAUGCGGAUUCAGGAGGCGGUGCGUAAGAAGCGCUACGAGAUCGCUGAGUUCGCAAACGUCGAGGAGGUGGAUCCGAUCGACAUCGCCACGCUAGAGGAGGAGCUCCUUAACUGCGACGCGCAGCACGAUAGACUGCAGCAGACUGAACAGGAGGUGACCGCACUUCUAAAUGGUAGCAAGUCCACACAGACAGAAGCACUGAACAGGUACAAUGCACUUACUAAGCAGCUGGAAGAGAUCAAGGAAAAGGUGAUUCCACAGAAAAGUGAUCUAGCUGAGACGGAACAACAGAUAGCGCUGCUUAGAGAACAUCAGAAGCAUUAUAACAAACAGCUACAGGAACACCUUGCUGUUAUACAGACGAUCACAAAACAGUUGAAACAGCAGAAGACAAAAGUUGAGGAGUACAUCGGUAAAGCGACACAAAUCUGUGAGAGGGUGAACACAAGGCGAUCCCCUAGAACCAUCGACAGUGACAUCACACAGUGUGAGAAACGGUUGAAGGAGAAGGAGACGACCCAAGGUUACACUAAGGAAGAAGUUAUUAACAAAUACCACGAAAUAUCGCAAAAGUCAACAUUCAUCCAGACGGAGAUAGCAAAUGCCAGCGAACUGCUCAAGAAAUUCUCGCUCAUCAUGAUGGAGCGUGAGUCGUCGUGCCUUCAGUUUCGUCGCAUGAUCUCGCUGCGUGUGCGCAACAUCUUCAACAUCAUGCUAGAGGAGAGGCAGUGCAGCGGUCGCAUGAUGUUCGAUCACAAGAAGGAGGUGCUCGAAAUAGUGGUGCCGCAGGCUGGGCACGGCGUCUGCCACCAAGGACACCGCUCGCUGUCAGGAGAGGGAAACGCUUCGGCUUCGACCCGUACCUGCUUCGUGCUCGGCACUGUCUGGGACGCGAUGGGCAGUGAAGGCUGGACCGAGUACGACGUCUACAUGGACAUGGUCAACCGACGGCUCUGUAUGGACAUGAUGCUGGUAGUGGCCAAAGAACAGAGAAACAGGCAGUUCAUUUUCUUCACGCCACUCGAUAUGAGUCACUUACGGCUUUCCAACCUGAUGCGUGUAUACGAAAUGCCUGAACCCGAACGUGGGCAGAUGUCUCUCCCAUUCAAACCUGCCAACCACAAAGACAAGGACAAAGAUAGUGGUAACACUGAGAAGUAAGUGCAAAAGAUUCGUGGAGCCAACUUAGCCAAGUCAGACUUCCUGAAGCAUAUAUCUUAAGUUACCUUUGUGUAAACCCACUUUCUUUGUACUUUCGUCAUUUGCUGAUAUUUAUCUAUACAGUUGGGGUAUAACAGUUUUUCUUACAUUUUCACAUUUUACUAAAGCAGCAUGUUGCUUGCUAGAUAUUGAUGCCAAGCCUACAAGUUCUCCAGUGAUUCUCUGCUGAAUUUUACAUUAAGUCGUGUAGAAAUGUCAUCUUUUUAACAAUACUAAAAUUUGAGUAAACUUGCAAUGACUCAAAUAUAUGCAUGUAUACCCCUAGAAUAUUUCAGCACAUAACACCUUUCACCUUUCACGCCAUCAUAAGUGUUCGGCUACUUAGUCUGACAUUCUUACGUCCAUCCUGCUUAUCUAGCUAGUAGUAAUUGGUUGACGGAAUUUUUUCCAUAGUUUCUCUCUUCAUAGUUCUAACUCUUUUGCUCACAGAGUUUAUUUCUUAUCGUGAGCAUUGCAUAAUGUAUAGAAACAAAUACCCUUUCAACUUUAUACAAAUAAUUUAGAAAUGUUCUUUGUAGCACGAUCAGACGAAGGUUCUGUGUGCAAGGACACAACCUGUUUGAUGUGUAGGAGUGGCUUACUCCAUUGUUUUGAUACAUACGAAUAUCUAUAUAUGUAGUUUGAACAAAUAUCACUCCUAAAAUAUAUAACUUAUAAAUCUUAAAAAUGUGCAUUGUGAGAUUUCUGAUGGCUAAAACUCGGCAUUUGAAAAAUCAAGUAAAUCUGCGGCCUUGAGAUUUAUGUCAACCUUGAACUCUGAGUCUCUCUUCACAACAUACAUUUAUAGCUUUGUUUAAACUCACAAAAUUGCACAAUGUGGUGCUUAUUUUUCGCUUACACCCUACCUAAGCAAGUGGGUACUGUACUAUUCCAAAACAGCUAGGAUGUAGCAUUCUUUUUGAUACUCGUAAUGGGUAAAGAAUCUGUUUGUUAAAUUGUUAGAAAUUUGUUAAAAACAUUAGUUUAAUGUAAGAAAGUAAAAUUGUUGUUAAAAAAAGUCUGAAGUUUACACUGCCACUUUUCAGUGUGAAUUUUGCUGGGGAGCUUUCAUAGAUUAGAAAUAAGAUAAUUUCCAUUAUUUGGGGAGGAGGUCAUACGUUUUAAAAGUGAUGUAUAAUUUAGCUCUUGUUGUGAAUGGACAGAUAUUUAGCAUCACAUAAAUUGAUUAUUAUAUCAUGUCUUUUUAUCAUAUGAUAUGAUAUGCACAUCGCAAUGUAUUGUAAGGAAGCGUUGCAUGAGAAAUUACCAUAAUUUGUGAUAAUGAUCUACUUAAAAGUCGUAUAUUAGUUAGCCAAUCAUAGUUGAAUUGCUGUUGACUAUGACAUGUCUGGUUUGCAUCUUUUUUCGUAAAGAAAAUUUCUAUAUUGUACAUUUGUAAUAAUAAUAAUAAAUAUAUAACUGCUGUAUCAUAAGUA